CGUCAUCAACGCGACUGUGAUCACAUCACGCGCGACGCUGUGUUUUGAAAAAUUGCCGGAGCCUUCCCGCAAUUUUUUUGAUAAUAAAACCUGUCAACACAAUCAAAGUUUAUGGCGUCCGUGAAGGUAACAGUCGGCGGUUAGGAUGCCUAAAUCUCUGAAAGAGUCGCGUGUCUCUCAGACGUCCAUCAGCAGGUACUUCGGAGGGGCGAGCAGUGGGACGCCAAAACCAAAAAGGAAUUGUAUUCUCCCGAAAGGCAAGAAGCGUAUCUCCCACCACCAUGACUCUGACCUGCCUUCCAAACAAGCCAGGCUCUCCCUGCUGGUGGAUGACGGAGGCCUUGAGACUGCAUCCACUCAGAGCUCUGCAGAACAAAAGUCGCCACUCAGCAGAGGCCCAGGGGGUUUGUGCCCUUCAACCUUGGAGAGGCUGAAAGGCUUCACUUGCCCGACUGAGCCCAGUGGCGAGAGCUGUGAUAUUGUGACUCGUGUGAAGGAGGGAAGCGGUGGGAGUCAUGGUGUCAAAAGUCAAUGCAUCAAUGACCAACUUGCAGAGAAAUCAGAAGAUGAGCAGAGCUCAAAGCAGACGUUGAACUUCUCUCAGUUUGCCAAGCCAGGAGGACAACAUGCCGAAGGAACGGCCACAGAGGUCAGUCUUCCAUCAACCAAUAGCGCCCUCUGUCGACGUUCAAAGAGUGCGUACACUCCUCUGGAGCAGCAGGUCAUCCAGCUCAAGCAGCAGCACAAGGAUGUCUUGUUGGCUGUGGAGUGUGGAUACAAGUAUAGGUUUUUUGGAGACGAUGCUGAGAUUGCCGCAAAGGAGCUGAAUAUCUUCUGUCACCUGGACCACAACUUUAUGACGUGCAGCAUCCCCACACACCGAUUGUUUGUCCACGUCAGGCGGCUGGUGUCCCACGGCCACAAAGUGGGUGUUGUCAAGCAGACUGAGACUUCCGCCAUCAAAGCGUCAGGGGCCAAUAAGAACACUCUGUUUGCCCGGCAACUCAGUGCUCUGUACACCAAGUCCACGCUGGUGGGAGAGGACGUCAAUCCUGUGUGCAGUCCAGAUGACAUGGAGGGCGGAAGCCACAAUGAUGUGUCGGUGCCUCCUGACAGCAUCCUCUUGUGUGUCAGUGAGAACUGGGACAAGUUGAAGAAGCAACUCACUGUGGGGCUGGUGGCAGUUCAGCCCAGCACAGGAGAGGUCCAGCUGGAUUCUUUCCCUGACAGUCAGUCUCGCUCCGAACUGGAGAGCCGUAUCUUGAUGAUAAACCCCGUCGAGAUCCUGGUGCCUUCUGACCUCUCAGCGCAGACCCAGAAACUGUUGGAGAGCAUUAUCAAUGCCAGUGCUCAGGCUGGUGACAAGGUGCGAGUUGAGAGGAGGGACAGCGCCCACUUUGAGUUUGCCUCUGCAAUGAACACGGUCACUGAAUUCUAUUGCCACACACAGAUCGAAGGCUGUCGCUCUCUAUGUAGUGUGGCAUCAUUGGACAGCCCGGUGAUCUGCUGUUUAGGUCCUCUAAUCCAAUACCUCCAAGAGUUCAACUUGGACAGAGUGCUUCGAAGUGAAAGCUCCUUCCAACGGCUGACUGGUGAGUCACAGGGAAUGAUCCUCAGCGCCGCCACACUCAGGAACCUGGAAAUCCUCAACAACCAGACAGAUGGCGGUGUGAGGGGCAGUCUGCUGUGGGUGCUGGACCACACGCACACUCCAUUUGGGAGGAGACUAAUGAGGAAGUGGGUGACUCGUCCGCUCACAGACCCACGGUCCAUCUCGGAGCGUCAGGAUGCAGUGCAGGAGAUCCUGGAGUCCGAUUCUCUCACAUUAAACUCCACAAGAUCCCUGCUGGUGCAUUUGCCUGAUCUGGAGAGAGGAAUUUGCAGCAUAUUCAACAAAAAGUCGUCCACGCAGGAGUUCUACAUCAUCAUCAGCAGGCUUUGUCGCCUGGCACUGGAACUUCAAGCCCUGCUGCCGGCUAUUAGAGCGCAGAUCCGCUCUGGGUUCAUUCGAGGACUCCUGGUGGACACCCCGGACCUGCUGGCCCCAGCCCACGGCUUCCUCAGCGUGCUUAAUGAGAAGGCAGCCAAGUGUGGGAAUAAGACAGAGCUCUUCUCGGAUCUCUCUGGCUUUCCGGUGCUGCGGGAAAGAAGAGAGCAAAUCCAGAAAGUUCUGCAAGAGAUUCAGGACCAUCGCAAACAUGUUCGAAUUGUGCUGAAAGCCCCCACCCUCGACUACACCACCGUGUCAGGACAGGAGUUUCUGAUUGAGGUGAAGAACUCGCAGUCCUCCAUUGUUCCUCGUGACUGGGUUAAAGUCAGCAGCACCAAAGUGGUCGGCAGGUAUCACUCUCCCUUUGUGGUGGAGCGUCACAAGAAGCUGCUGCAGCUCCGUGAGCAGCUGCUUCUGGACUGCCAAAGGGAGUGGACCGCUUUUAUGGAUCAGUUUGGGGAGCACUAUCACACCAUGAAAAGGGCUAUUAGUCACCUAGCAACCAUGGACUGUCUCUUCUCAUUGGCUGAGGUGGCCAAACAUGGAGAAUAUUGCCGGCCAGAGGUGUCUGACAGUGAGCGUCAAAUUGUGAUCAAGGAUGGCAGACACCCCGCUAUAGACCUACUCAUGGGAGAGCACAGCCAGUAUGUGCCCAAUCAUGCGCAGCUACAGGCGGAUGGACAAAGAACAAUGAUCAUCACUGGCCCAAACAUGGGGGGAAAGAGCUCCUACAUCCGCCAAGUGGCCCUGAUCUGCAUUAUGGCUCAAAUGGGCUCCUAUGUCCCCAGUUCUGCGGCCAAUUUGGGCAUUUUGGAUGCCAUUUACACCAGAAUGGGCGCGUCGGACAACAUCUACAAAGGGCGCAGUACCUUCAUGGAGGAGUUGACCGAAGCCUCGGAGAUUAUUUCCCACGCGACGGAGCGCUCCCUGGUCAUCCUGGAUGAGCUGGGCCGGGGCACCAGCACCCAUGACGGCAUCGCCAUCGCCUAUGCUACCCUCGAGUACUUCAUCAGAGAUGUGAGAUGUUUCACCCUCUUUGUGACCCACUACCUUCCCUUAUGUGAGCUGGAGUGGGCGUACCCGCAACACGUGUCCAACUACCACAUGUCCUUCCUCCUCAAUGAACCCGAUGUGGCUACUGACACACGAGAUGGAGACAUUCGUCCUGAAUUCAUCACCUUCCUCUACCAGUUAAGCGAAGGAGCCGCCGCACGCAGUUACGGCCUCAAUGUGGCCCGCUUGGCUGAUAUCCCGGAGUCAAUACUCCAGACCGCGGCUCUCAAGGCCCGGGAGCUUGAGGACGCGGUCAACUCCCGAAGGAGGAGGAAGGAGAAGUUCCUCUCGGAGCUUUGGAGUAUCUCGGACAAAUCUUCUCUCAUUGAGUGGCAGCGGUCCAGCUCCUGACAGCCGUGCAGCGCAAAAUGUACACAAACAGGACCCAAAACUCACAAGAUACAAAAUUCUCCAGGUGUGUUUUUGUAAGAGUUCCAGGGUGUGUUUUCUGUACUGUCGCAUGUAGUAAACAGUCUAAACAUGCA